CACAGUCGUCGUAUCAUUUCGGUCAUCGUCCUCAUGCCCGGUGUGAUCGCCGAAGCGACGGCGAGUAGCCGCGAGCCCCCUGUUGCGCCGUCCUCCAAUGCUUUGUCGGAGGAGGGGCCUCUUCGGUCGAGUAGCCCCCGUCGUCAGCUCAAGUCCAUUGUCCGCAGAGACAAGCAGCCUGGCUCUGUUGUCGACAGCCUGAAAUCCCUGCUCUUCAAGCCCAAACGGCGGCACUCGGUGCAGUUUACCGUCACGCAAACGUACAUGCUUCCCCCCCAAGUGGCCACUCCAAGCAGCGACCUGUACUACUCCAAGUCGGAGCUGCAAGACCUCCACCGCGAGGAUGCGGCGCCCGUGGACGUUCCCGAAGGCACUGUGCGAGUGCAGGGGUUCUUGACUGUGCUGGUCCCGCAUCCGUUGUGGAAGCCGUCGACGGCAUCCCGGACUACGUACUAUGUGACUUUGAAAGCCCACACGCUGUUCUUGCAUCGGUCUCCAAAGUUUGCGCACAUCAAUCAGCCCCAAUAUACACUGGACGUGACCAAUGCCAUCGACAUGUCGGGCAACAAAUACACGACUCCCCUCUCCAUCCCGUCAAUCAUCCAAGAGCUGUCGUCGGUGCACGACACGGCCGCGACGGCAUUUGCCGUGGUGGACGUUCAUGGCCACCAUGCAGUGUUUACCACCGAGUCAGCCAAAGUGAAAACCCUAUGGGUCACCGCCCUCGUCGUUGCCCCCGCACGACAAGGUUCGCCAACUCGCCUUUCCAAACAGCGAAGUAGUUAAAAAACAAUUUAAAAAGCAAUCCAUCG